UUGGGAGGUUGUUGCAGAAAUGGUAAUCUCCUACAACUCCGUUGACUGAAGCGGACGCGAGAUUGCCAACAAUCGAUGGCUACGUCCACUAGCUGGGAGAGAUUCGUCUUGUUGUCGGAAGGUUAGCGCUUCGGUUCCAGCUAACGGGCACGAUUGCUCUCUGGGUUCUGCAGUGGUUUCCGUAAAGCGUAUACAUCGCUGCAAGCGUUGUCGUGAACGUUGACAACGGCCUUGAUGUCACGACGUUCUGGACUUUACUCGAAAUAAGACAUUGACAGACCCCCAGAACCAAGAAACAGAACUUACAACAGAGCCUUCUUCGGGAGCACAUGUCAGUGUCAAUAUGCGCUGUGAAGAAUGGUGAACAUUCUAUAACGUAGCAACCGUGCUGCACCUUUUUGGGAUCGGAGUCAGCAAGCAUCGGGCUUAAAGUGGUUGAGAGGUCAGUGCUCCGUGAUGGUUUAAAUUUGAUAAAGAACGUUCGUAUUACGGCAAGUUGACCAAGGAAUUUGGUUACGGAUCCACCAUCUUGACUACUACCGGCCCAUCAGAGCUAAUACUUUGCAGUGAAGGUAAAUACGGCUUCUCUCUUAACAAACAGUGGGAACUGGUGUUUGCUCAGAACCACCAAACGCCUCACCGUGUUGGUUUCAUAUUGUUUAGCUGGUGGAUAUAUUUGUAUGUUGAACAAACAGGAUUUGUUUUCACUCUCACUCGCAUUGGUCGUGAAAACUGACAUCAGGGAUGUGACCAAUUACAGAUACGGACCUAUUCCGUGUCAUUGGUGAAGAUCUGACACACGGAUGGGAAGACGGAGAUUCAUUCACAUGGGCUGGAAACGGCCGAUAUGUAAAAAUUGCGUAAGAAAUCCGCUUUGGGAAACAUUUAUUUGAUUUUUGUAAUGUGUGAACUGUCAUUUGAAUUGUAUGGUUCACUAAUCUACGUGAUCAAAGGUGCGGUCAUCAAGAAAAAAAAAGUGUUCUGAAAACUUCAGUAUUCUUCAUCUAAUGAGUUAAUGAUAGAGUUACCCUGUGAUAUAGAUAUAAUGUGACUGAAUCGAUCUUGUAAUUCAUAGAUGAACAUACACAGGGCGGACCAGAAACUUCUUCCCCGAUAAAAUCUGCAACAACAUUAUAGGGAGUGACGUUGUGGUUGAUUUCCUUGACAUGUUACCAACUCCGACAAUCAGGCGUAUUGUGUACGUGCAGUCACGCGUAAUGACAUCACUGUCUAUUGUGAUAUAGGUUUCAAUCUGGUUACAUUAUCGCAAAGGAAAUUGUAACUGUGCAUGUAUGAAACUUUGUGAUCACGCUACGAGGUGUGUUUAUCUGAUUGAAAUAAUUGUCGUCUGCUCAUAGAUCGCGGUAUAGUCGUCUGCUCGUCUAUCAAUGGACGGUCGUCUGCUUGUGUAUCGGGGGAUGUGAUUUAUGAUUGAUUGGAAGAGAGAGGUGAUGUUUCAAGCCAGAUUGCUACAGGUUGUGAACGGAAGCCUGCAGCACGUGGACUCUGGUGAAUCCAGAAGUCGCCAGUCUCGCCCUCAAGCUGCCUCGUCGGUUGACUAUGAUUCUCGAUUUUCCGGCAAAUAUCCCUGGCAGCAAGCUCGUGACUUAAGUCCCAAUAAAAAACAGUUAAUCCAAGCUCACCUGGCUCUGCAGUAAGUGGCGUUGGUUGAGAUUAUCAUGCUGUCAUAGAGGAGAGAUAACACCGAUUGCUGCAGAGCCUGAUCGAUACCAUGAGGAAGCAGCUCUACAUAUAUACCGUUACUGUCGGUUGGCCCUUGUGCUCAGCUGCGGACUGGUGCUGGUCUUUGAUUGGCUGCUAGAAAUCACGUGAUAACAUGCAUGCCCACAAAAUCCUGGUUCACAUACUUGUCUAUUAGUCUGUUGGUGUAUUUCGGAUAAGGUACUAACUGUUUGUGAGAAGUGAUCAAUCAAGCUAUGAGUGAGAAGUCAAGGUAUCACUGUAUCACUCCGCUGUAUGGGAGGAAUGACGAAUGAGGAUACACCAAAGAGAGGGAAUUGGAAUUAAAACGAACUAGGAACAUGUUGGAAUUCGUUGUCCAAGGACAUUUGCGGUGGGUUUCCUUCCGAGGCUACAACUGUGGAGAUUAGAGUGGAAAGCAACUAAUGAUGGCACGACGAGGAUCCCGGUACCAGUUAUAGCAACACAGCAGCAACACGAGACUGACAUAAAUGUGAAUGCCGUACGUAACCGUGAAGUGGUUUCCUCCCUAGAACCCUUGGGCUUGGGCCACCCGGCGUGGUGAACUAUCUUCCAACACUCCAGUGCUUUACAACAUGUGAACUGUAUUACCGUUUGUGCAGAGACUUGAAGAGUGUGUACCUAUUUAUCUAGAUUCCACAAUGGGAAUCUAUCUUUAUGACUGAUCUGUGUAACAGCCUAUCGAAACAGAAGGAACCAACAUAGGCAUAAUGACGGAAAGCCUUGUUCCAAUGGAAUUCAACCAGACAGGACUUCCGGGUCCUACGACGGAGGCUGUGAACAACGUCACCGUAUUCACUCCAUUCUCCAUUCAAAUGCACAGCUUUGAACACUUAGUGAUAACUACGACAGUCCUCGGUCUCUUUAUCCUGGUAACGAUCAUAGGGAACGUGUUUGUGAUCGCUGCCGUGAUCCUGGAGCGCAAUCUCCACAACGUGGCCAACUAUCUGAUCCUGUCACUGGCGGUAGCGGACUUGAUGGUGGCAGUUCUGGUCUUGCCUAUCUCUGUUGUUUCUGAAAUAAGUAAAGUGUGGUUCCUUCCAGCUGAAAUCUGUGACAUGCACAUAUCUUUCGACGUUCUCUGCUGUACUGCUUCCAUUCUGCAUCUCGUUGCCAUAGCAAUGGAUAGAUACUGGGCAGUCACCAGCAUAGAGUAUAUUCGUAACCGCAGUGCUAAACGGAUCACCAUAAUGAUUGCUAUAGUGUGGACAGUUGCGAUGACAAUAUCCAUCCCACCACUUUUUGGCUGGAAGGACGCAAAUAAUGACCCCGAUAAAACCGGCGUGUGCGUUAUUAGCCAAGAUCAUGGCUACACUAUUUUCUCAACGGUUUGUGCCUUUUAUCUUCCAAUGAUAGUCAUGAUAAUAAUCUACAUUCGAAUAUACCAAGUUGCGAGAGCAAGGAUCAGGAAAAACAAGUUCCCUAAAAAGAAAAAAGAUAAGAAGAAAAUUAUUCAAGAAGACGCUACUACCACGACCAUAUCGCCCAAAACAGAAUAUAGUGUUGUGUCCAACUGCAAUGGAUGUUCACCUGAAAACAGCCUGAAAAAGAAGGAGAAAAACAGCUCGGAGAACGAAACAGUUCCCAAUGGUAAUGAGAACUCUCAAGAUGAUGCUAAUGCUGCUAUGUUGCAAACCGCUGCAGAAAAGUCUAAGCUGGCCAUGUCUCGGAAGGAGAAACUAGAACUUAAACGCGAACGAAAAGCAGCCAGAACUCUCGCAAUCAUCACUGGAGCUUUCAUAAUGUGUUGGCUCCCAUUUUUUAUCUGUGCUCUUGUCAACCCCUUCCUCCCUGAAGCAGACAAGGUCCCUAAUGUUGUUUUCAGUAUCGUGCUGUGGCUUGGUUAUCUUAACAGCCUGCUUAAUCCUGUCAUAUAUACAAUAUUCAGUCCGGAAUUCCGGAAUGCUUUCCGGAAAAUUUUGUUCGGAAAAUAUUCCAGGGAAAGGUAAUAGGCCUCGCCCGAAUUCCAGUAACUGUGUUUUUUCCAAAAUAAAGGCCAGUGGACCGCCAUGGACAGCGAUAAUAUGAGUUUCGGCGUGCCAACAGUGUAUUUUUUCCAGUGGUAGUAUUUAUGUAUCUAUCUAUUUUUAUGACUUUUUGAAAUGUUGCAACUGCAGGUAUGCUGUGACCUCUGAGUGUUCUCAACCUGGCCUUUAACAUUGUGGCUCAUGGCGAGUAGCCCAAGAGGUAAAAUAGCCUCUAAAUGUACGUUUUCAGAGGAUCUCCCGAGGACAAAACAGCAGCGGUGUCAGCGCUACCCCUUGCUGCAGACUUUAUAAAGCCAUCACCCAAUGCGCUCCUUCAAGUAUUGGUUAUGUAUAUUAUGGGACUCGUUGAUCUACCGUGAUUGGUAGCUACGGAGGCGGAUUCAUUGCCGCAAUGGCAGAGUAAAUGACUCAUGGAAGUGUAUAUAAAUGAAAGACAGAACCAUUUACCAGGGUAAUUCUUACCUCGACGGGAAGUUUUGAGUGGCACUAAGGGACACUGCGUUAAGAUGAUUGUUAGUAUGACAUAAAGUCAUCAUAACGUUGACAUUCCCAUAGAAGUAAGUGAUCAUUAAUUCGCUUUGAUAAAAUAUCAUCGAUGUUUAUCUGUAUACAUCCAUAUAACCAGCAUGCUGACGAGCAGCCGUCUAGAACACAACACAAGUGAUAUGACAUAGACAUUUAGUUCCAGAUUGGUUUAAAGGUAUUUUUGUAAAUGUAUUGUUGCUCCAUCUCGUGAGUAGCUUAAGAUGUGCUUGCCUGUUUGUAGACUUUAAGGCUUUGAGCUGUCUGAUGUCGAUGGCCCCCGACAUUGGACACCCUCAAGCUGGCUGCUAUUCCAUCCACAGGACAUGAAGGUAUCCAUUCCCAUUUCUCUGUUUAAAUGUCAAAGGGAACAACUAAAACUUUAGCGUCUUUUUGUUUCGUUUUUAUUUGAAUGUCAUGAAUAAAAAAUAACCCUUCUACAUUAUGACCAUGAGGAUGCACAUUGUAUAGAUGUUGAUAUAUCUCGUUUCAAUUAUUUUGUAACAGCUUAUGUUUUAGAAUAGCUCCAAACAAACCAGUAUUAUAUUUGUAAUUCUGUCAUGUUAGAUGUACUUGAAGCAAGACAGGGAUGGUGUAAGGACGAUUCUCCGUUAUCUGUCCUGACUUAUUAUUCAAAGCAUUAUUAAAUACCAUUUACACCUACCAAAAUAAUAAAAGUGCAACAAAGGAAUACUUUUAUAUUGUAUGAUGACUAUUCAUAAUGAACAUUGCAUCGUUACUGAGAGAAUUAGCAUUAGAAUAAAGGUCGAAAUUAUUGACGACUUGUGUCCAAUUGAGCAUUUCAUAUAUGUGUCCCUUGAUUCACAGACGUCUGAUUUUUAUGUAUAUAUGAGUUUACAGCCUUCGUUCUUAUUUAUAUAUCUAUUCAAGUGUUCACGAGGUUGUUUAUGUAUGCUAGUUUCCACCUUGACCUUUCCCUCUUGUUCCUUCAACAAUCAAUCGGACAAUACCUAGUCCUCGCCGACGUGUAAACCUGGGAAACAUGGCUCUCCGACCCCAAGGAAAUACAGCCAUGUUGAAUAUGUGAUACCUUUCUGUCCUGCAAUACUGCUUGUUAAUACAGUCGCUAUCAGCCGAUAUACUCACGUUAAGACAGACAUCGCUCAUGUGAUAAUACGUCCUGUACGGUUUUAAAUCAGCACAUUAAAACAUUAAAACAACA